AUGGAACGUCCAAACGCCGGACCAGACCAAAUCGGUGACGGGUCACAACACUACAGUCUUGAGCCACACACAGAAGAGCGGACCACGCAGUCGACAAACGCUAACCUCUUCGAUGCUAACGAUCACGAGAUCUUUAUCAACGCCUACACUUCCAUGCCUAACCAGCAACUGGGGAACGGAUGGAGCCUCCCUCAAAACAUGUACCAGCACCAACCACGCUACAUGGCCGGUCCUUCCAAUGCGCCACCCACACCCUCGUUGCCUGUCGAACAACCCUUCUACAACCAAUGUAUCAACGGCCCUCCAGCUCCGGAUACAACGCCGUACAUCUUUCUCCCGCUUACUCCAAACGCCAACCCUAGUCCACGUUCAACACCUUGUCAAGUUGCGCAGAACCCACAGCUCAAUCUAAACCCGGCAUUGCAACAUCCAUCCUACGUAUAUGCCACCGCUAUCCAGCCAGCAACGUCAAAUGCAGGCUACUCAAGUCUCGGUGACCAUGGAUCACCAAGCGGCUUCUAUCACCACGUUUCUCAGCCAAAUCAUCUGCAGGCACAGAGCGGCUUUUAUCAUGGUGUUGCUCAGCCAGGUCAUCUGCCAGCACAGAGUGACUUUCCUCAUGGUGUGACUCAACCAACUGAUGUGCAAGCACAGAACAAUGUCUAUCAAGACGCUGCUCAGCCAAGUGCUCGGCGAGCACGAAAGCGUCGCCGACCUCGAUCGCAGGAGCGUGGAACCGCCUCUCGUGGGAACCAGUACCCACGGCCUAACGCAGCCCAGGUCGAGGGCAGAGUGAAUGAUAGCAAGCGUCCACGAACUGGUCAGAGCCAGGCCAUUCCUAUCUGUGAUCAGACCAGCCGCGAUCCGACAAACGCAGGUGUGCCUGUGAGAUUCCAAAAGUUUGAGGGUAAAAUCAAGGAAACAUUGUCGAAGCCCAACAAGCCUCCGGUCAGCCGAGAAAAGAAGUCCCGCAUCAACGCACCAGAGGACUACGAUGACCCCCAGCAGAUCCAUGACUGCGAAUCCAAGAAGCUAGCAGUACCUGGAGGGUUGAAGUAUUCGGGCCCAGGAGAGGCUUUCGCCAAGUUCCGAGAAUGCAAGGCCUUGCUCCAUAAGAAGGCCGAGAAGUGCACUUAUCCAUACAACGAUGAGACGUUCCCACGCAAUGAUCCGGAGUGGUGUUUCUAUGCCAUGUUGCUCUACGACGCCAUGGCCAACUGGGAGUCGUACCAGGAAUGGAUGAAAUGCUUGCCCAAGGACCUUUGCAACAAAAAGCAGCAAGACCUCAUUAAAAAGUGCAGAGAGCGCAUGGAGCGACGUGUUGAGAUCUUGCAGGCCCGAGAGUCCAACAAUGCAUCUGACGAGGCUGACGACGAAGAAGUCAAUCGGCCACUCCUCGAGCUAGCCGAUCUGCUGCCUACCCCUGAGGAGGCCAAGCAUCUGCCAUCUCUUGUGGAGCAACAUGAAAAGGUCCUAGGGAAGAACAGCGUUUUGAACCAGGAGGCAGCUACCGGAGAAUCUUGGCGGCUUCUCUAUUAUGCCUGGGAGGCUCAACAAGGUCGCACGGGUGCGCGUCCGGGGACCGGGAAGGAUGGCACCUGGGAGUCGUAUCCAAGCUUCUUGGAUCGCCUCCUAGCUUUAGUUAACGUUGUUAGAACGACCAAACAGGUCGUUAAAGACCUUCUGACUCUAGGGGAUGGGUCGGCCCAACACCUUGCAAACAACCCCUAUGCGGCACAGGCCGGCAAGGGUGAAAACUUGAAGAAUAACGUGGGGAAGAAAUUCCCUAAGCCGAAGAAGAAGGCGGAGGCCACCGAGGAGGCCGAGGGGCCGGGCAAGAAGGCGAAGGCGCCCAAGUCCAAAAGCUCAACUUCCAACUCUCAACAUCAAGGGGAAGCCGGAGAAAUCGGCCUCCCGAUUGUGGACGCUGACGACUCUCGUGUGGACCCAAGUCUAGAGAAUGAGGGUGAGCCCAGCCGCGCUCUGCUGACUGCGGGUGAUCAUACCCAAUUGGAGGCUCAUCCCGAAGACAGCGCGGAGGCUGCAGUUCUGGAACACUUGAGAUGGCUGUGA